UGUUAUCGGCUCUUCACAUGUUUUGCGGCGUGUGUUGAAAUUGAAAUAUUUCUUAAAAAAGGGCAAAUAAACGCGGAUUUGGCAUGGAUAUAGACGAGCUGUUCGACUGCUUCGACGAAGUGCCUCCUGAGGUGCCGCCACCGGUGGCCAACCAGGAGGAGAAGCCCUCGGGCAGCGGAGGCGCCAAGAAGGCAGGCAAACGGCAGAAGAAUUCCGAGAAAUCCUCUAAAGAAACGGUGGCGGAGGAGGAGCAGGGCGACGAGGAUAGUGAGGAACCCACCAAGCGCCUGAAAAAAGAGGAGACGGAGGAUGUGGCUCCGGCGGAGGAAGAGGACGACGACGACGAACCCGUUCGCACUCUCGACUUGGAUGAUUCCGCCGCCUUGGAGGCGCUGCGCACGAGAAUCGUGACCCAUCUGCUGGACGCACCGAAAUCCUGCACCCACGAGGUGGCCGCCCAUCCCGACCAGGAGUACAUACCCCUCCAGCCCUUCAGCGGCGUGCCCGCCAAGGAGUAUCCCUUCGUGCUCGAUCCUUUCCAGCGCCAGGCGAUCCUGUGCAUCGACAAUAGCCAGAGUGUCCUGGUCUCUGCCCACACAUCGGCGGGCAAGACCGUGGUGGCGGAGUAUGCCAUUGCCAAGUCGCUGGCCGCCAAGCAGCGGGUUAUUUACACCACUCCCAUCAAGGCGCUGUCCAACCAGAAGUUCCGUGAGUUCACCGACGAGUUCAAGGAUGUGGGUCUGGUCACUGGCGAUGUCACGAUCAAUCCCUCUGCCUCCUGCCUCAUCAUGACCACGGAGAUUCUGCGGAACAUGCUGUACCGCGGCAGCGAAAUCAUGCGCGAGGUGGGCUGGGUGGUCUUCGACGAGAUCCACUACAUGCGCGACAAGGAGCGCGGCGUCGUCUGGGAGGAGACGCUCAUCCUGUUGCCGGACAACGUGCGCUAUGUCUUUCUCUCGGCCACCAUUCCCAAUGCCCGGCAGUUCGCCGAGUGGGUCUGCCACCUGCACAAGCAGCCGUGUCACGUCGUCUACACUGAUUACCGACCUACUCCCCUGCAGCACUACAUCUUCCCGGCCGGCGGCGAUGGCAUCCAUCUCAUAGUCGACGAGAAGGGGCAGUUUAAGGAGGAGAACUUCACCACCGCCAUGGCGGUGCUGGCCAAUGCGGGUGAAGCUGGCAAGGGCGACCAAAAAGGACGCAAUGGCGGCAUCAAGGGCACCAAUGCCGGGCAGACGAACAUCUUCAAGAUCGUCAAGAUGAUCAUGGAGCGCAACUUUGCGCCCGUAAUCAUAUUCUCGUUCAGCAAGAAGGACUGCGAGAUCUACGCCAUGCAAAUGGCCAAGCUGGACUUUAAUACGCCGGACGAGAAGAAACUCGUAGACGAGGUGUUCAACAAUGCGAUGGACGUGCUCUCCGAGGAGGAUCGCCGCCUGCCGCAGGUGGAGAAUGUGCUGCCGCUGCUGCGCCGCGGCAUUGGCAUCCAUCACGGCGGCCUCUUGCCCAUUCUCAAGGAGACCAUCGAGAUUCUCUUCGGCGAGGGACUGAUUAAGGCCUUGUUUGCCACCGAAACGUUUGCCAUGGGCCUCAACAUGCCGGCGAGGACUGUGCUCUUCACAGCUCCUCGCAAGUUCGACGGCAAGGACUUCCGUUGGAUCAGCUCCGGCGAAUAUAUACAGAUGGCUGGUCGUGCCGGCCGUCGUGGAUUGGACGACAAGGGCAUCGUCAUCCUGAUGAUCGACGAGAAGGUAUCGCCCGCCGUGGGUCGCGAUAUUGUGCAGGGCAAGGCGGAUCCCAUCAACUCGGCCUUUCAUCUCACCUACAACAUGGUGCUGAAUCUGCUGCGCGUGGAGGAAAUCAAUCCGGAGUAUAUGCUAGAGCGCAGUUUCUAUCAGUUCCAGAAUCAGGCGGCUUUGCCCGGCCUGCACGACCAGGUGGAGCAAAAGACGCUGGAGCUGAACAAGCUGAGCAUCAAGGAUGAGCACAACAUUGCCUCAUAUCACCACAUUCGUUCUCAGUUAGAUCACCAUGGCAAGCAGUUCCGCCAGUGGAUAACAAAGCCCACAUAUCUACUGCCCUUUCUGCAGCCCGGCAGAUUGGUGAAGGUGGCCGCUGGUAGUCAAGAGUACGACUGGGGAAUCGUGCUGAACUUCAAGAAGCAGGAUCAGAGCCGCAAGAAUCCGCUGAAGACAGAGCCCAGCGUCACCAUCGAUGUGCUGCUGCAUGUCAGCGAGGCGGCGGCCAAGUCCGGCGACACGGAGCCCUGUCAACCGAACGAGCGCGGUUGCAUGGAGGUCGUUCCGGUGGCCCACACGCUCAUCACCCAGAUCAGCUCCAUUCGGGUGUACUUCCCCAGCGAUCUGCGCAGUGCGGACAAUCGAAGGGCCGUCUUAAAAACCAUCCAGGAGGCCAAGAAGCGUUUCCCGCUCGGCCCGCCGGUUCUCAAUCCCAUCGACGACAUGAACAUCAAGGAGCGAGAAUUCCGCGACAUUGUCGAUACGAUCGCCCAGUUUGAGACGCGCCUGGAGGAGCAUCCGUUGCACAAAUCACCGGAACUGGAGCGAAUCCACAGGAAGUACCAGGACAAAGUGCAGCUGCAGACGGAACUGCACGAUCUGAAGGCCGAGUUGAAGGCCGCACGCAGCCUGCUGCAAAUGGAGGAGCUGAAGCAUCGCAAGCGGGUGCUUCGCCGAAUGGGCUACUGCAAGCCGGGCGACGUAAUCGAGUUCAAGGGUCGCGUGGCCUGUGAAUUGAGCUCCGCCGAUGAACUCCUCAUGACCGAGAUGAUCUUCAACGGCGUGUUCAACGACCUCACAGCUCCGCAGGCUGUGUCGCUGCUUUCCUGCUUCGUGUGCGACGAAAAGUCCAGUGAGUCGGUGAAAAGCGCCACGGAACUGUCGGGACCACUGCGCUCUAUGCAGGAUUUGGCGCGGCGAAUCGCCAAGGUGUCCACGGAAUGCAAACUCGACCUGGAUGCCGAUUCGUAUGUGGAUAAGUUCAAGCCUUUCCUCAUGGACGUCGUGCUGGCCUGGUGCAAAGGCUCCAGUUUCCUCGCUGUCUGCAAGAUGACCGACAUCUUCGAGGGCUCCAUCAUCCGUUGCAUGCGGCGACUGGAGGAGCUGCUGCGGCAGAUGUGCCAGGCCUCCAAAACCAUCGGCAAUACGGAUCUGGAAAACAAGUUUUCCGAGGGCAUUCGACUGCUCAAGCGCGACAUUGUCUUUGCCGCCUCGUUGUAUCUGUAGGAUUUUAGGAAAACCUAUCGUAAGGCCUUAUUUCCUGUUCUAUUUCACUUAAGUUUGUUGGAAUCGGAAUCGAUUUCUAGAUC